AUGGAAUGUGAUUUGUUUCAGGCCCUGAAAAGUCCAAACAGCGCUUUUCACCAGGGCUUCUACAGUCAAACCGAGCGGCCGGAGGAGCAGCUGCACCGCCGCAACACGGUGCGCAUGGGCAUCCGCGUGGUGCAGCGCGUUGCCGAGGCCUCGCUGCCCAGCGAGCCGCCGGCGGGCGACGCCUUCAAGCCGUUCUUCCUGCUGAGCGAGGGCCGCGUCGAGCUGCGCGCCGCGCUCGACCGCGCCGCCUACUGCCACGGCGACGAGGUGCGCGUCCACGUCGCCGUCACCAACGACUCCAGCCGCACCGUGCGCCGCAUCAAGGUCAGCCUGCUGCUCAGCUGUGUACCGCGGCUGCUUCUCCUUCCAAUCACUCUGCAUCUACGUGUAAAUCUUGUGCUGAGUUCAACAAGCAGCCUUGAAAACACGGCCAGCUCACAGUGUUGUGUCGCCGAACAGGUGGCGGCGACGCAGAGACACUCUGAUAGCGCUAUAGCGAGUGAGGUGGAGAUCCGGCCCCACGCAGAAGGCCAGCACUGGGCAAUGACAGGCCUCGCUGAAAGAGGUCACACGGGCUAG